GUGUGUCCAUAAAGGCGUUGUACCCAUUAUUUUGUGGGCGCGUACUUUUUAAAAGUGCUCCAAUUCCAACAAAAAACUCUGGGUUUUGACCACAAUGGAAGAAUUUAAUAUAGAAUCCCUCUUAAGUCAGUUGUCCAAAUGUAAAUACGCAAUAAAUAAAUCUUCACUGAAUGUGCAUCAGUUAAAUGCGUUUUGCUUGGAGUUCUUGCGGCUUUCGGAAGAUCUACAAAAAUUCCUGUCGAAACACAGCAAUGGAUAUCCGAAUGAUCAAAUCGAGACCAUUUAUCUUUGUCUUACACAAAUUGUGACAUGUAUACGAAAUAUGGAACGCACCAUUAAAACGGAAGAAUUUCAUGGAAUACUGAUACAGGCUGGUAAGGAACAUUUUAUAGAUCGAAUUCACUGGUGUCUGGAUCGUUUACGUUCGUGCAUUGCAAUGCUAAAAUCUUGCAGAAGUGGUGGAGAAUUCAGUGUCCAAGAAGAAAGCACUUUUGUAGAUCUCAUGGAUCUGGUAUUGGAUCAAUUGGCCCCAUACACAAGUUAUAAAAAUGAAAAUUCCUCUGUUGCUGAAAAAGUUAACAUAGAUGCGGAAAAUCAAAACCAAGCCAAGAUUGCUAGCCAAGAAAUACGUUCUAAUAUUGAUAUGAUUCUAAGUCAUACCUUAGCAUUUGCUAAUGUGGCAUUAAAACAGGAUAAAAAAGCUUUGAGUGCUUUGUGUCAAAAGGUAUUAAGGGAGUGCAUGGCUUUUCAGGAAGAAUGCAACACUGGUUCCACAAUCACCGAUAGUAAUCGUAAAAUUAAGGGUAUAUCUUUGGAAAAUGCUCUCUAUCAGUUGGAAGAUUACAUCAAUGAGGCUUUAUUGCGUUUGGUGUACACUUGCUUUUUGGACUAUGACAAGUUAUCGGUGGAGAGAUUGAGAAUGGAAAUAAAGGAUAAACAUGUCGAUGAUACACAGUUGGAUGAAUUGAUAGCAGAUUUUGAUGUAAACAUCGAUCGCACUACUCAAAUUGGUAUGUUUGCCAUAGCAUUUGCGGCAAAUGCAAAGAUCAAGACAGUUGUACGCAGCUGUUUGGCAUCAUUCGAAUCCCUGGAUUCUUGCAUUAUACCUUCACUACAAAGCAAAGUCAAUUCCAAUAUGUAUGCCCACGUCUUAGAACAACAUUUCAACGAUGAGGUACGUAACUUUAAGCGAGCCAUACAGGAGAUUAUCGAUAGCCAUGCUUUCACAUCGUGUUAUUAUGAUUUACUUAAUCAAGCUGUAAAGUCCUGCGACAAAGAAUACAACAAACAAUCUCUUGAGGAUGUCGUGCAAAUGGCCAACUUUUUAUAUGAACACUUCCAAUUACCCGUCAACCAGAAAGGACUGCAAAAACAUGGAGACAGCAUUGCGUUGUUUAAAAAAUUCUCUUUGAUUCUGCAAGAAUGCAAGGCCAUUUUGAAAUGUUCGAAUGGCCAGCAUGUGGAGGAACAACGUAUCCUAAAACGUUUUAAAAUAUUACGUUCAAUAUUGCGUAAAUUUAUGGAUGAACUCGGUGGCAAGCCACCAGAUGGUAAUCCAUUGGGCACUACCAAAUCCCAGGUGUUCUUAAUGUCCGAUGAGUUAAGCGAAUCGCAACAAAUGUUUGCUUCAAUUGGUAUAUCACCGAGCAUACGUAGUAUUUUGUAUAGCAAUUCGCCCUCAACAGGGGGUCAGGCCCAAAGACAACAUAAAUUACCCAGUGAUUCUAUGAAGGGGAACUGUUCCAUGUUGCCCUUAACGCCAGCGCCAGUAAAAGCAAAUCAUUUGAAUGUUUCUGCUUCCAAACCUACCGCGAAUUCAUCAUUAAAAAAGUGUCCCAUUAAUUCGGCUGGACCUCAAGUGAAUCGUUUUAAUGUACGGAGGAAGGUAAGUCUGCGUAAAGCUAUGUUCAAGAAACAUACGACAUGUGAUAACGCUGAGGAGGUCUAUGACAUAUAUAAAAACAGCUCUGGUAGUCUACAAAUAAGUGAAAUUCUCGAUGAUCUAAACGAUUUUAAAAGCUACACAGCAAGUGUUCUCGAUAAAAGUAUAAUUUAAAACAGUUGGAAAGGGACAUUGAUCUUGGAUACAUAAUGUCAUCGACAAAAGAAGAGAACAUUCAGAAUAUUUUGUUUGUUUGAAAUUAAGUUUAAUUUAUAAUUGUAAUUCAAAUCGUCCAUAUUUUGUUUACACCGUAUUUAGUGUAUUCGUUAGUUGUAUAAUCGUUUAACUCCCCUUGACUUUAUGUCUUUAAGACACUAUCAUUUGUAAUUUAAGAUUUGUCUUUACAAACCUUGUAAGACAACCACCAAUUUGUAUAAGUUCGCGAAAUAAAUUUAAAAAAAUAAUAAUAUUAAAAAUAAUUU